AAGGGGACGCUACCGGCCGUGUGCAGGCAGUUCUGGUAAGAGAGGACACCUGUUAGACCAGCGAGUCCAUCUGAUCGUCAGGUGAGAGAAAUCAAGACAACAGCGGGAGGCAAGACAUCUUCUCUGUAAGAUAAGCUCAAGUGGAAAGAUGCAGCUGUUCUUUACUGCAAGCCUUUUUGUCAUGCUGGGCCUUCUGGCUUAUGGGAGCUCUGGGGCUCCGACGGCUCUUCGAUCCUCUGGGAACGAUGACAAUGCGGACGAUGGAGAGCUGCUUUCUCAACUGAGAACCAUAAUGGAGAAAGAACAAUCUUAUGAAGGCAAUGGAGACGAGGACAAUGCCGACCCCGGGGAUGUGUAUGCCGCGUCUCAGACAGAGAAGCGAGGUUCCAAGAACAAGUUUGGCAAAGGAGGGAAAAUAGUGGGGAAUAUAAUUGGGGGUUUGCUCAAUGGAGUUCUGGGGGGCGCCAUGGGAGGAUCUGAGAAGAAAAGACAAACUUAUGGAGCCAAUGGAGACGAGGACGACGUCGAGGGUCCUGAUGUGGAGGACUUGGAAGAUCUGCUGUUAGGGCUGGAGCUGGUCGAGGAGCUCAAUUCAUUGGAGGAGGAAGACUCCGAUGGAGGCAAUGGAGACGAGGACAGUGCCGACCUUGUGGGGGAGAAUGCCGCCUCUCAGACAGAGAAGCGCGGGUUUUUGAAUAAGUUGAAAAAAGGAGGGAAAAUAGGGGGCAAAAUACUCGGGGGUGUGCUAGAUGGAAUUCUGGGACGCUAGUAGCCUGGGUACCUUCAUGGUCGGUUAACACCCCCCCCCCCCCCCAUUGGAGUCUGGUAAACUGCCUACUAGGAAGGGUACCAAGGCUACUACACCAGUAACUAGGGUAUAAACAGAUUUUAUUCUUUUGUGUCGAUGCGGCACUGGAUUUUUUUUUAGUAUGGUUAGCUGAAGUCUUAUAGGCUGAAUUUGCUCGAACCUUUCUUGUUUUAUCAUCAAUUCGUUGCUUUUUUUGUUUAUUGUAGGGGUGGGUACAAUACCAUUGGUCUUGUUGGACCGGUCCGGAAAAACCGGACCUGAAACAAAAAGCAUUGGACCGGAUUUUGGACCGAUUAGAGAAUGAAUAGAUUAUCCCGGAAAGUUGUCACGUGUUUUGGAGCUUACCGAUUCAACAAAAUAACAAGAGCUAGGAAGAGGAAAGUUGACAGUCAUUUUCACCAACUUUUUACAGUCAAACUUGGUAUAAGCUAACAGAGGCAUUAGUGUUGUUAACAAGAACGGAUAGAAUUUCAAAACGUUAGAAGUCGGGUACUCAUCAAACAGAUUCCUUUGUAGCGAAAUUGACCAUCUUUUUGAGUAUUACUCAUUCACAAAACUUAGUUUUCAUGGACAAUUAGGUUCGGACCUGAACCUGGUCUUCUUGUCCCUAAAUUACUUGUACCAAUACCCACAUUUAGUGUAUUGGGAUGGGUUUCCAACACGUAUAUGUAUGUAUGUAGUACAUUCAAGAAAAAUAUUUUAACCGACCCACUGGAGAUCCUAGGGGUGUGUUCAGGCAACCCUUGAGUCUUUGUGUAUUUGGACCUUGUGAUGAGAAACGAGUCUCUUAACAUCUGCAUCUUGUUUAGCAUUGGUAUAUCAUCUCCAGUGCAUUUAUUGAAAUUGUGCCAUCUCACACGAUGAGCACAUAGUCUGAUAAAUAAGUCAGACCUCUUGAUGAGAAAACAGUUGUUUAACAUCUGCAUAUUGCUCAUCAUUGGUAUGUCAUCUUCAGUGCAUUUAUGGGAAUUGUCCCAAUACAAAGAUUGAGUUUGAAAUGUGUGCAUUAGUUAUCUGGGAACGAUUAAGCAUAUAGGAAACGAAACGUGCAAGUAAGGACCUUGUGAUGACAAAACAACUGCAUAACAUAUUGUUUAGCAUCGGUAUGUCAUCUUCGAUGCUUUUACAGAUGUUGGAUCAUCACAAAGAUUAAGUUUUUAGGUUGUGCUCGCUAUUAUGUGGAUUUUAGGGAUUAAAUUUGUAAGUAAGGGACAGCUCUGUGAUUAGCAAGUGUAUAACAUCUGUUGUUUCAAGGAAAGUGUCUUUCAUCUCUGAUUGUGUCAGUCAGUUGUCAGAUUGGUUUAUCAUAGACUGUCUUUAGUUCUUAUUAUUCUUCAAUUUGUAAGCAACGUUAAUGUUAGGGUACACCAGGCAAGAGAAGUACAAUGUGAUGGGGUGAACGUGUUCAACACCUGUUUGGUUGUAAUUGCAUGAUCUAUAGAAUACCAUGGUUACAAAGGGCAAGUUUAUUCUGAUUCCACCAGAAUGGCUCUCAUCACAGAGCUACAGCUCUUUGAAUAUGUACCAAGCUUUAAUGUUUUAAGUUUUAAUAGUUUGAUACAAUGUGUGGCUUCAUUUAGACCAAGUAGGCACCUGGCGAUCAGUAUUUGUUAUCACCUAGGGAGCACCUGAAUCAAGGAAGAAAAUCUUGUCAAGGUGUUUUGGAAACAUCUGAAGUGCGUUGUAAUACAAGUAAUAAUAUGACAGGUGUAUGACAAGUAAAGAAACACAACCUGUCUUGUCAGAACAGAUAAGGUGCAGGUAAGCACAAGAAACACCUGCGCACCUCUAAUUCUACCUGUACUAAUCUGUACAUGCAAAUGGUAUUUCAAGUCUAGCUAUAUGUCAACAUUAGAACUUGUUCACGUUUGUUCUUAUAGCUGACUUGUUACCCUAAGGCUAGCUGUACUUAUACGGUUUCCUUAGUCUCUACAAUUGUGCUGAGCAGCGCGACGCAUAAAUAUUCCAUCAAAUUGUCUCCCGGUGUAGCAAUACAAAUCGCCAUGAUUUAAGCAACAAUACUUUGAGUGCUUUUGUAUUGAGGUAGUAUGUAGGUAAACAAGAAUGAAACUAUAACAUCUUCAUGUAUGUGCUAAUAAAAUCCUCCUGUGAAGUCCGAGGAGGAAGACAGUCAGCAACUUUUGUUUCGCUGCUGUGAAAAAUUCUUGAACAUACCAGAAUAAAGUACAACAUGUGGUUUCAA